ACCACCGUUUCAUUCCUCUGCUUUGAUAAAAUCUGCAAAACCUCAAAAACCCUAAAUCUGAAAAUUCGGUAAUUGGCGAAAAAAAAACUUACCUUUUGGGUAGAUACAAUUCACGCAUUGAAGCUUGAAUUUCGUUGACACCCAAAGUUUGUCCCUUUGGAAAAAAUGACAAUCCAUUCAGUGGUAAUCCAAAAGCUCUUAACGACCAAUUCCCAUAUCGGCCGGCAAAUAGCAACCCACCAUUUCAAACAAUUUACCUACGGCUUCCGAAACAAACAAGCCAUUAUCGAUUCCGAGAAGACCCUAAUCUGUCUCCGCAAUGCUCUCAACUUCAUCACUUGCCUCUCACGUGACCCAUCUUCCUCUUUCCUCUUCAUCAACACGAACCCACUUUUCCAACCCAUAAUCGACGAGAUGACAUUGAGAGUGACAACCUUAAGCCCUGAAAGGGCAAGCAACCUUUCGAAAAUGCGUGGGUUUUUGACCAACAGUUUUAGUCCGAAGAAGUUUCGGUCUAGGAACAAGAAAUUGGUUUUUGGGCCGACUAGGAUGCCGGAUUGUGUUGUGGUUUUUGAUACUGAGAGGAAGAGUUCGGUUCUUUUGGAAGCAGAAAGGUUGGGGAUUCCCAUAGUUGGGUUGGUUGAUUCGAGUAUGCCGUGGGAGUAUUAUAAGAAGGUUACCUAUCCCAUACCGGCUAAUGAUUCUGUUCAGUUUGUUUAUUUGGUUUGUAAUAUGAUUACUAAGUGUCUUAUGUUGGAGAGGAAGAAAAAAGAGGGGGAAAAGGGGAUUGGGAGGAAGGCUACAAGUAGGGAAGAAACGGAGAGCACUAGUGAGAGCAAGGUGGACAGUUCAAAUGAUGAAGUGCUUGUCAUUCCUUAUGAUAGCUUAGUACCUAUUUCUGGGGGACAUUGGAGUUUGCUAUCUUCAGCUUGUAUAACUUGUACAAUUUGUUUGUGUUCUUUCUGCCUUGAGUUAGAUAUUGCUGAAACGAAGCAGCUUUUGGACAAACUUGUUGUGGUGAAAUUUGAUGGAGCUUUGGGAAUAAAUAUGGGCUUCAGUGGUCCGAAGUCUUUGAUUGAAGUUAAAAAUGGGUCAACAUUCCUGGACUUAAUUGUUAACCAAAUUCAGUCACUAAAUUCCAAGUAUGGGUGCAAUGUUCCUCUGCUUCUAAUGAACUCAAGCAGAACACACGAUGAUAUGUUAAAGGUUUUGGAGAAAUACUCCAGCUCAAAGAUAGAUAUACAUCCUUUUAGACAGGGGGAACAAACUCAACUGGAAUUAUCGGUAAGCGAGGGAGGUGUGGAUGAAUGGUAUUCUUCUGAUCAUGCUACUCAAUUCCUUUCCCUCAUGAAUAGUGGAACUCUUGAUGUACUACUUUCCCAGGGUAAGGAGUAUGCCCUUGUGGUUAACCCAGAUAAUGUGGCUGCUGUUGUGGACCCAAAAAUCUUGAACCAUUUGGCUCAAAACAGUAUCGAAUACUGUAUGGAGGUGAUGCCAACCGCCUUAACUGGUUUAAUGAACUUUAUGGCUGGUUCACUCCAAGGAAAGUUUAAGCUUGAAGACUUUACUGCAAAUCCUACUCAAAGUUCGGUGAAAAAGUUCAAAUUUAUUGAUACAAGGAACUUGUGGAUAGAUUUGAAAGCGAUUAAAAGGCUUGUAGAUACUAGUGCACUCAAGUUGGAUGACCUUUCUUCUUUAAAGUUAUUUGAAAAAUCAGUUGGCAUUACCAUUCCCCAUUCUCGUUUUCUUCCAUUGAAUUCCACAUCAGACUUGCUUCUUCUUCAGUCUGACCUUUACACAUUUGCUGAAGGUGUUUUAGUUAGAAAUGACACAAGGACUAGCCCUACUAACCCUUCCAUUGAUUUAGGACCUGAAUUUAAAAAGAUCAGCGACUUCAAUAGUCGCUUUAAGACCGUUCCUAGCAUUAUUAGGCUGGAUAGCUUGGAGGUGACUGGUGAUGUUUGGUUUGGAGCUGAUAUAACUCUCAGGGGGAGAGUUGUAAUUGAUGCAAAACCAGGAGUGAAAUUGCAAAUUCCUGACGGAGUUGUGCUUAAGGAUGAGGAGAUCAAUGAUGCCAGAGACAUUUAAGAGAGGAAUCAUCUCUACCAUUUUGAUUGAAUCCCUUAAAAAAGAGGAGCAACAAAAAAAUUUUUCAAUAGAAGAUUUUGUAAUGCGCACUAUCAAUAUAUUCAAAUUUCGUAUCGAUGAAUGUUCUUUGCUAUUGGAACAGGAAAUAAUAGUUAGAGCACUCAGCUUAGUGGAUUCAUAUUACACUCAGCUUAGUGGAAAAUGAUAGCUCUGGCUUGUAAACAUGAAAUUUAGGAUUAAUGUUUUUCUUUGUUGUUCUAAUGCAUUUGGGGAAGGUAGUAGCGGGUAUGAAACAGUAAGCUUCAUCUUAUGUAUUUUACAUCUAUAAUGUAUGCUAAGACAAGAUUCUGCAUCAGACAUAAGAAGAGUCCAACUUGUAUUUUAUCUUACUAGGAUAUAAUUUCACUUCAAAAAUCUCUGUUUAAGUCUCGGGUUCAUUCAAAAG